UGGUCUUCGAUAUCGUUGCAAGGGAACAACACAUUGUCAACUGUUGUUCGUGAUGGCAACAACGGACUUAAACUGUAGUGAAUUUCACAACGACCAAAUUGCUACACUAAGUACUCACAGUUUACAGGAACUCCAACAUCCCGUUGUCAGCACCAAGGUGUUCAUCCAGAGGGACUACAGCUCAGGAACUCUUUGCAAGUUCCAGAACAAGUUCCCCGCGGAACUCGAAUCCAGGCUGGACAGGCAACAUUUCGAGGAGACCAUCCAGACUUUAAACAACCUGUAUGCUGAAGCAGAGAAGCUAGGGGGGAAAUCUUACCUAGAGGGCUGCCUGGCCUGCCUCACUGCCUACACCAUAUUCCUCUGUAUGGAGACCCAGUAUGAAAAGGUGUUAAGGAAGGUCGCCAGAUACAUUAAAGAGCAGAAUGAGAAGGUCUACAUUCCCAGGAGCCUCCUGCUGACUGACCCCAUUGAGAGAGGCCUCAGAGUCAUUGAAAUUACAGUUUUUGAAGACAGAGGGUUUGUCCCAACAAGUUAAGACCCCACAGACUGGUGACCGACGAAUCGUGUGUCCAAACAGACGCUCAGACGUCUGCUUCUCCUGAAUCAAUGUAUAUAACAAUUUCUUUGCUCUGUGUUUUUUUAUUUAUAUGCUGUAUAUUCCACUAACUGCCUCUCCUUUUCUUUGUACACGUGGGGACUCUUAUUGUACACAAGGUGAUCUAUAAUGCUGAUUAAGACAGGGCCUUUAAACUUGUGCCAUUUGUUUGACAUUAACAGCAGUUCCUCGAAUAUUUUUUUGCGUGUAAUAUGUCGAUGGCAAGAGUUGCUGUGAAUUCUGAGGCGUGAUGAUGUAAUUUGUCAUCAGGAAAUGAGUUAACGGGUUAAUUUUUAAAAUGUAGAUUUUGUCUAUCAUGAUUUGAUAUUUUUACAUUUUUAUAAGAAGACCAUUUAGAAGUGACUUGUAAGUUGUCUGAGUCUUUGUGAAUGUUUUUAUGAUCACCACAGAAUCACUCGACAUUCCACACAUGCUUUCUGUUGUAGGGGCGUGCUUUUCUUAUUAACCCACAUUUAUUCAAAUCUGGGAUUCCUUCAGUUCAGGAGUCAAAGAACUGGGUUCCUCCACCGAACCUACUCACAAAAUACAUCAUGCAUUUAUCGCCAUAAAAUUUUAUACACUGUACCUAAUCGUGGGAUCCACAUUAGAGGUUUGUUUGUGAAACCUUGAUUUCAGUUAAUGGCCUUUACUGUUAACCUUUUAGUCAAUUCAGCAUUUAUUGAAUGUUCCGUGAAUAAACAGUACAUGUACACGUAGAAUUU